GGUUGACUGUAAUUUCAGUCUUGACAGCAAGAUAAAUCUUACUAACUUCACCGAGGUACGAAGAUCUGCAACCAAAAAUACUCCACAACGAAACCACAACCACAGUUCAUUACGUUCAUAAGUUUCAGUGGAUCAAACUGAAAACGGGGUGUGUGCCGCAGAGCCUGUCUUUUCUGUCCAUCAAUUAUUAGGUAAAGAAAACAUCUACGGUGAAGCCGCAGCCAGAUUCAUUACUAAAGAACUGAACAUCCGAAAGCAGCUACUUAUAUUUCUGAACUUGAAAGAAUAUACACGAGACACUGUGCUCAGCAUUGUGGAAGCUAUUAAGAAUUAUUCCCGAGAUAAAGAUGUCUGUAGCAAAGAGAACAAAAGUUGCUGAAAAUUACUUUGGUCAAGUUGUAAUCGGGCCCCCCGGAUCAGGCAAAACCACAUAUUGUGGCAAAGUUUAUGAUUUCUAUAAAGACAAGUUGAACAGGAAAGUUGAAGUAGUGAAUUUAGAUCCAGCUAAUGAAAAUAUGAACUAUAAACCUGCUAUUGAUGUUAUGAAGCUAGUAACUGUUGAGGAUGUAAUGGACACUUUGAAAUUAGGACCUAACGGGGCCCUUAUGUACUGUAUGGAGUACUUGGAGGAAAAUUUUGAUUGGUUGUUAAAGCAAUUAAUUGAAAUUAAAAACAGUUACCUAAUCUUCGAUAUGCCAGGGCAAGUGGAGCUUUACACACACCAUAAUUCUAUUAAAAAUAUUUUUGGAAAGUUGGAAAAAAUGGGGUACCAUUUGUGUGCAGUGCAUAUGGUCGAUUCUCACUAUUGUUCAGACCCUUCAAAAUUUAUUUCAACUCUUUUACUGAGUCUCUCAACAAUGAUGCAGAUUGCUUUACCACACGUUAACGUUUUGACUAAGGCUGAUUUACUGAAGAAGAAUGCUGACAAGUUAGAUUUCAAUAUUGAUUUUUAUACUGAUGUUCUGAAUCUGGAUUAUUUAUUAGACUUGUUAGAUGAUGCGCCACUUACAAAUAAAUACAAAAAACUCAACAAGGCUUUGGUUGAUUUAAUCCAGGAUUACAGUUUGGUUUGUUUUGUUCCAUUAGAUGUCAAAUCAGAGAGGAGUUUAUUAAAUUUGAAAAGUGCAAUCGAUAAGGCUAAUGGUUACAUUUAUGGCAGUGGUGAAGAACGAAGUAUUCAAGCUUUACUGUCAUGUGCAGUUGGGUCGAGAACUGAAUCUGAAAGAUACGACGCUGAUUUCUUUUAGUGUUUAAUGUACUGAAUUCAUUUCACAAAAUAUAAAUGUUUUUUUCAA